GCGAUCCGGUGCCCGCUGUGUCCUCCAGACUUGUGACAUCAUUGCUUACUACGUGUGAAAUCUGUGAAUGAUCACAGAGGUCACAUGGUACAAGGCUAUUCACAACAGCCUGGGGUACCAUGUGACAAGGUGUGACCAAUCACAGCUCACUCAGUAUUUCUCAAUGGCUACAAGAGGGACCUCUGUGUGAGGUCCCGAUCAUGUGAUCACUGAUUGGCCAAUCAGUGAUCACAUGAAGAGUAGUAAGCAAGAUGUCACUUCUGACAUC